AUGGACACAUCUGAUUAUGACUGUUUCUAUGCCUCAGUCUUUGAGACUGAACAACCUGAAUUGAGGUCGCUUCCCUUGGCAGUUCAGCAAAAGCAGAUUGUGGUAACCUGCAACUACGAAGCCCGACGGCGAGGUCUGCAUAAGUUGCAACUCAUCAAAGAUGCCAAACGCAUCUGUCCUGAUGUCGUAAUAGUUCUGGGUGAAGACUUGACCAAGUUCCGAGAUGCCUCCAAGACGCUUUAUCUGCUGGUUCGCUCCCUUGUCUGGGGCGGCCGUGUCGAAAAGCUAGGCUUUGACGAGCUCUUUCUCGAUGUCACGGAAAUGAUUGACUAUAACACUGGCGUGUUAAAUCAAAAUGACUUGGCGAAUUCGUAUUUCCAUCUUGAUCGAAAGGACCCGACCGUUGGAUUUUCCUACGAUGCCACUCGCUUCCAAGGAUCGACAUUCCCCGCAAUGGAGGCGGCCUCCGUCGCUCAGACAGAUCUGUCUUCGUUAGAAUUGCGCUUGCUCGUUGCCUCUCAUUUACAGAGUCAUAUACGGAGUAAGUUAGAGCAUCAAAUAGGCUUCACGGCUACGGGCGGGAUCUCAACCUCCAAACUGCUGGCAAAGCUGGUGGGUAAUGUUCACAAGCCCAACGGCCAAACGACUCUUCUGCCGCCAUAUACGGCCACCGAAAAUAAUACGAGCAACGUGUUCCAGUUUCUGGAUGGUCAUGAGAUCCGAAAGAUUCCUGGAAUUGGAUCUCGGAUUGCCCAGAAACUGAAAUCCCAUAUCACAGGGCAAGAAGAGAUCGACAAGAAGAUCACAGUCAAGGAUGUCCGCCAGUUCCCUGGCAUGGGCCCGCCUUUACUGGACAGAAUCCUUGGCGGGCCAGGCUCAGUGAAAGGGAUCGGGAUGCGCAUGUGGAGCAUUCUCCAUGGUGUAGAUAAUUCCGAAGUGCUCGAGGGUCGCGAUGUGCCCACCCAGAUCAGCAUUGAGGAUUCCUAUGGCCGGCUAGAUACCCUCGAGAGUGUACGACGAGAGCUAGUAGUGUUGUCGCGAAGUCUGAUCCGCCGUGUAAGAACCGAUCUACUUGAUAUGGAUGAUGACACUGCUCCCCAAGGGAGAUGGCGUGCUCACCCUCGCACUCUGCGAUUAUCGACCCGGUCAAGACUUCCGCCAGACUUAGGUGCCGGGCGUGCGCACAGUUUCAAUCGCAUCUCUCGCUCGGCACCCCUGCCGCCCUUUAUCUUCAACCUGGAUGAGAAUAUCGAUGCAUUGGCCGAGCGACUGGUCCGGGAAAGUGUUUUCUCUAUGUUUCGCAAAUUACAUCCCGAAAAGGCUGGGUGGAACCUCAGUUUGUUGAACGUUGCGGUUACCAAUAUGGUGGAGAGCGCGGGAGAUCAGAAGCAAAACAGUGGACGUGAUAUUGGGAAGAUGUUUCGACAGCAGGAGACAGUACUCAAAGAUUGGACUGUACAGAAAGUCGAGUCCUCAUCUGAUGUGCCCGGAGGUUCCCGUGAGAUAGAGUCAUCAUCAGACGAUGGGUGGGACGACGAUGAACCCUUGGGGACACGAUCACAAGCUUCAGAGGCCAUUCGACAGGUGACGCUUGUCGAUAAUGCCAUCAUUCGGACUCCUUCACAUCAAAUAGACCACCUCUCACAAUUUGAUAUCACCUUCGCCUUACACCAAGACGACACCCGCAUAAAGCUAGAACUUGAGCCCAAUCAUGAUAUCUUGGCCGACGACGCUUACGUGCAAUAUGUUGGUGCCGACGGCACAAUAACACGUGCGGAACCGAUCAACCGAAAGGAACACAAAGUCUUCCGAGGCCGCGCCUUGGUAGGAUCUGGAAAAGGGAGAUGGACGCCAGUGGGUUGGGCAAGAAUCACCGUCAAAAGGGAUGGCCUAGAGCCUCUUUUUGAAGGGGCCUUCAGUGUCAACGAUGACAAGCACCAUAUUGAGUUGCAAUCGACCUACCUCGACAAGAAGCGCCCGAUGGAUGCCGACGUCGAAUCCAGAAAUGGGGAAUCUAUGAUCGUCUACCGUGACUCCGAUAUGUCUCUAUAUACGCACGCUGAGCUCAAGAAGCGGUCGUUUUCUGCCUCCGAGGGCUCUGAGGGUUGCGGCGCAGAUCAACUUGGGUACAAUGCUGAUCUGGCCAGUUCAAUCUUUGGAUAUGACAUGGACGAAGCAGAUGGUCGGUGGGGUGUUGCCUCGUUGAACUCGAUGUUUGGAUUGAGCAAGCGACAGUCGUCAGAUAUUGGCGGUGUCACGGGUAACACUGGCGGUGUGAAUCUGAAAACGACUAUCGGGGAUUCCAGUGGAUGUCCCAAGACGAAGAAAGUCGCCUUGAUCGGGAUUGCGACCGAUUGUGAAUUCACCGAAUCUUUCAUGGCUACCAACUCCACCCCCCGUGAAGCGGCCAAGGACUGGAUCAUCAACGUGGUCAACACGGCUUCAAAUCUCUAUGAGGAAUCUUUUAAUGUGUCCAUUGGUUUGCGCAACCUUACAAUCUCCGAGACAGGCUGCACCAGCACGGGCUCCGCUGCUACCCCAUGGAACGUGGACUGCAACGGCGGAAAUGUCACUUGGCGGUUGAAUGAAUUCUCCAAGUGGCGUGCCACACACUCAGAUGACAAUGCCUACUGGACUCUGAUGACCAACUGCCCAACAGGCAGCGAGGUGGGAGUUUCAUGGAUGGGUCGUCUAUGCUCCUCCGAGCUGGUUACCUCCGGAGCUAACUCUGUGGCUGGUGCCAACGUCGUAGUUCGCAAUUCCGGUUCUUCCUGGCAGGUGUUUGCCCACGAGACUGGUCACACCUUUGGAGCAGUGCACGACUGCGAUGAAUCCGGCUGCAAGAGCAACUUGGAUGCCUCAUCUCAAUGCUGUCCGAUGAGUUCGUCGACCUGCGAUGCCGGUGCGAAAUACAUCAUGAACCCAUAUGCUCAGAACACCAUGACCAAGUUUUCGGACUGUACCAUCGGUAACAUCUGCUCUGCCAUUGGCAGAAACAGCAUCAAGUCCUCUUGUCUGUCCGACAACCGCGGCGUCGUCACAAUCAGCGGCAGCCAAUGCGGUAACGGGAUCGUCGAAGGCGAUGAGGAGUGCGACUGUGGUGACGAAGAAAGCUGCGCCGGCAACUCCUGCUGUGACCCAAAGACCUGCAAAUUCAAAGACAGUGCUGUCUGCGACGACUCUAACGACAGCUGCUGCACCCAGUGCCAGUUCUCCUCCGCCAGUACCAUCUGCCGCGCCAGCACCGGAGAAUGCGACAUCGCUGAGACCUGCAGUGGAAAUUCAAGCUCCUGUCCUGGAAACAAAUACAAAGACGACGGCGCAGCCUGCGGCGAUGAGGGCCAGAAACUCGCUUGCGCUAGCGGCCAAUGCACCAGCCGCGAUUACCAGUGUCGCACAGUGUUAGGCUCCUUGGUGAACACCAACGACUCCUGGGCCUGCGAAAACACAGGUUAUCCAUCCUGCAAUCUCCUCUGCGGCACAUCCUCACUCCCCCACACAUUUGGUACCACGGAGUGCUACGACAUGGGCCAGAACUACCUCGACGGUACUCCCUGCGAUGCCGGCGGCCGCUGCAACGCAGGCCAGUGUAAGGGAUCCUCGGCCCUGGGCUGGAUCCGCCAGCACGAGAAGCUUGUUAUCGGCAUUUGUGUCGGCGGCGGCACACUGCUCCUGCUCAUUAUCUUCUUCUGCAUCUAUAGUCGCUGCAAGCGCAAUUCACAGCUGCGUAAGGCCCGCAAGGCUAUCCCCCCUGGUACAUAUCGCCGCUAUAAUGGUCCCCAGCCUGAUCAUCGGCCUAUGGACCAGUGGCAUGGAUACCGGAAUGCCGGUUAUCAGAAUGUGCCUCCCCCUGGUGCGCCGCCGCCACGAUACUCAUGA